AUGGGUAAUACAGAAAGUAAUGUUACUAGUGGGGUAAAGAAGCAAGCUGGUACGUCGGAGCAGAAACUUUAUAAACUAAUCGACUUAAAAGGUGGCGGUCUACUGGUGGACAUGAUGAAGCGCGCAGUCCAGAACAAGCAGUACGCGGAGAUCGACCACGCCAUCAAGACGAAAGUGGAACCUUUCCUUUACAAUAAAGGCAAGGGCCGUUACAUACCCAUCUCGCAUCUCGUGCUCGAGAGGAAUAAGGAACGGCCGAGACAUAAACUGCUCCCUCCACUGCGGGGGAUGGAGAACCCUGAUGAAGAGUUCGACGUGGAGAAGGACUGGCCGGUGGUCACGCAAGAGGAGUACGACGCCAACCCUUCUGGUUACCGGGAGCUCUGCUGGGAUUUGAAGGAGCGCGGUGCAGUAGGAGAGACAAUCCUCCACCUGUGUCUGCUGACAGCCACCUCCCUGCUAGCAGACCUGGCCAAGAGACUGCUGCGCUUCUAUCCCAAACUGAUCAACGACAUUUACAUGAGCGACGAGUACUACGGCGAGAGCGUACUUCACAUGACGAUAACAAACGAGGACCCGACGAUGGUAAAGUUCCUACUGGACGCUGGCGCGGACUACCACGAGCGCUGCUGCGGCAACUUCAUGUGCCCUGAGGACCAGAAGGCUUCACGCUCCGACUCCCUGGAACACGAGUAUGUCAACGUGCAGAAGGAGACUAAUUAUGUGGGAUACGUAUACUGGGGCGAGUACCCUCUAAGCUUUGCAGCGUGUCUGGGGCAGGAGGAGUGCUACAGACUGAUCCUGGCGCGAGGAGCAGACCCUGACCGGCAGGACACCAAUGGCAACACCGUGCUGCAUAUGCUUGUCAUCUAUGAGAAGACUGCUACGUUCGACAUGGCAUAUGAAGAAGGAGCAUCGUUAUACAUUCGCAACGUGCAGAACCUCACGCCGCUGACCCUGGCUGCCAAGUUAGCGAAGAUAGAGCUCUUCUUCCACAUUCUCAACAUAGAACGGGAGAUCUAUUGGCAAAUUGGAGCCACCACCUGUGCGGCGUAUCCACUUGGCCAGGUCGACACGAUUGACACAGAAACUGGACUGAUUAGCAAGGACUCCGCGCUGAAUUUAGUCGUAUUCGGGGAAACAGGAGAACACUUGGAAUUGCUGGAAGGCAUGUUAAUCGACCUACUGAAGACGAAGUGGAACACAUUCGUCAAGUUCCGCUUCUACCGACAGUUCCUUCUGUUUUUCUUCUACUUCUUGGUAUCUCUGGUUUGCUUCACGUUGAGGCCUGGACCUCCAGACAGAUCUCUCAAUGGAACUGCCAUCAACUCCACAACUUCGCCCAUCAAUGAUACGGAGCUCGUUUCUGAUGUGGAAAAUUGUACACUCGCUCUGAAUGGUUCAGAGUUCGAUCCCGGGGCCGUGGAGUUCAUAGAUGGGAUCAAACCUAAUGGGCCCUUAUGCGCUCGUUUUAAAAGUCACCCCAAAGACAAGGAUAAACCUACUACGGAAUCGCCCAAAGAAACGGAUAUGGAGGGUUGGUGGGAGGAUUUAACUGAGGAAUGUCGACUGAUGGACUUUGAAACUGGGCAGGCCAAAGUCAGAAUUACUGCGGAACUCGUGUUGUGGCUUGGUGCUCUCGCCUAUAUUGGAGCAGCUUUAAGGGAAGCGAGGUUUCUCGGUCUAAAGAUGUUUAUUGAGAACUUGAGCACUGUGCCUUCUAGAGUGAUGUUCCUGUUCUCCUGCCUGUUGAUGGUGACGAUGCCUACAUUGCGGCUGUGGUGCCUGGAUGAGGCGGAAGAUCACCUUGCUGUCAUCAUAAUGCUCACCACUGCACCAUACUUCCUGUUCUUCUGCCGUGGCUUCAAGACUGUCGGUCCCUUCGUGGUGAUGAUCUACAGAAUGGUGAUGGGUGACUUACUUCGCUUCGUCGCCAUCUACUUGGUUUUUGUUAUGGGGUUCUCUCAAGCUUACUACGUGAUAUUCCUGUCAUUCGACAACCCGAACACUCCAGAGGGCGUGGACGACUCAGUAUCCAACCCCAUGCCUUCACCUAUGGAGUCCAUUAUGGCUAUGUUCCUCAUGUCUCUUACUUCCUUCUCUGAUUACUACGGAGCUUUCGACCGCACUGACCAUGAAAUUGAAGCUAAGCUCCUGUUCGUAGUGUACAUGAUAAUAGUGGCGAUAUUAUUGGUGAACAUGUUGAUCGCUAUGAUGGGUAACACGUACCAGAAAAUAGCGGAGACCCGUAAUGAGUGGCAGCGGCAGUGGGCGCGAAUAGUUCUGGUGGUGGAGCGAGGGGUGCCGCCGGCGCAGAGGUUGAAACAACUGUUGAUGUAUAGCCAGCCCAUGGCGAAUGGGAAGAGAGCGCUGGUCUUGAGAAUCAACCAGAAGGAUGAGGAUAAGGAGGAAAUGAAGGAGAUUUUAGAGAUGAAGAGGACCCACGAGAGGAGGAUCCUCAAGAGGCGGCAACGAGAGGAGGAAAUAAAAAAUAUGGGGGUCAAAGGACAUCCACCGCCACCACCCGUGCGCGAUUACCCACUCACCAAGCAGAAGAAAAUGUAG